UACUAUUUUCUCUUGAUCAGAGAAACAAGACGCGAUGGCAAGAACCAAGCAGACCGCUCGUAAAUCCACCGGAGGCAAAGCCCCCAGGAAGCAGCUGGCCACCAAGGCUGCCCGUAAGAGCGCCCCGGCCACCGGCGGCGUGAAGAAGCCUCACCGUUACAGGCCCGGUACCGUGGCUCUGAGAGAGAUCCGUCGCUACCAGAAAUCCACCGAGCUGCUGAUCCGCAAGCUGCCCUUCCAGCGCCUGGUGAGGGAGAUCGCUCAGGACUUCAAGACCGACCUGCGCUUCCAGAGCUCCGCUGUCAUGGCUCUGCAGGAGGCCAGCGAGGCUUACCUGGUCGGCCUGUUCGAGGACACCAACCUGUGCGCCAUCCACGCCAAGAGGGUCACCAUCAUGCCCAAAGACAUCCAGCUGGCCCGCCGCAUCCGCGGAGAGAGAGCUUAAACUGUCCUCUGCUCCAUAAACACAACGGCUCUUUUAAGAGCCACCAACUCUCUGACAGAGCAACACGUCCUUCUGUUGAUACUUUUAUUAUUAUUAUUGUUUGUGUCUAAUCACCUCUCAAGGUGUUAUAGAGCUAUGAUGAGACUUAAACAAAUGUAAACACUGUAUAAUCUUGAGUAAAUCCAUUCAGAAGCAGUUUUGUCUUUAGUGUACAUGUAUGAUGGGAAAAGGUCUGUUUGUGUGUAAAAAAGCUGUAGACAGCAACAUUUUACACAUUUAUACAGAUUAAACACAUUUUGUUAACCUCUGGAAAAAUAAUAAAGUAGACUGUGGAUGAGAAUGAACUCAUAAUAGAGUAGAACAUUUAAACUACACCAACAUCAUUGUAUAACAUUUCAUACCGUAAAAGCAACACUGUCAUUAACUGUAUAUACUGUAUAAAUUUAACCUCAGACUGCAGCCAGAAUAUCAGUCAGUCAAAUGAUAUGAAAUAAAUCAUUUAUUUGAAAUCA